CAGGAUCUAGUUUUACAGUUCACCAAGGGCAGGCAAGACAUAUCGUUGCUCUCAUGUCAGUAAUGUUGCUCUGCCAGUUGUCUCAGGCCAAAUUAGUAGAAUUCAAAGUGAUGAGUUUAGCAUUUCCUGUGUCAGUGAGCUGGAAAAAGAGUUGGCUUGAUUUGCCUUUACCGUAUACGACCAGAAGGAAGGAGGCUUUCAUACUGAAGUCAAUGCAAAAUGUCCUGCAGAGAUUUAGAGUUCCUUUUUAAACUUAAAGGGGUGUUUACUUCUGCUUUCUCAAAAGCUGCUUCCUUAUUUCUGUAGCUGUAUGGUGGCGUGUGACGGAGUAAAAGCAGCUUCAGCUGAAGCUUGUUUGCACUCGUAUGAAGAAUUCAGGAGUUGUAGGCUGAGUUUUUAUCAUUGGUCCAGGUUAUGCUGUUUGUUUUUGAACAUUGCAGGAAGCCUUGGUGACAUUUUGGCCCAACUGGAGAAGAUUCUGACUUCAGCUCUGCAGCAGAUCUCCAGGUGGGAUGGAGGAAGCGUACAACCAACUGUAUCAGCAGUUUCUCAGCCUGAGGUCCCUUUGUCUGAAGCAGGCAGCGCUGCUGCAUCAGCUCACAACCGCUCUGCAGAAACAGCAAGGUGCGCCUGUUCUUAUUGGAGAGGAAAAGUCCCAACUGCUGAAGGCUGCAGAACAAUGCCGAGUAGAUCACCCCUACAGAAAAACCCAUCCAGAUACCUCGGAGCUUCUUCCAUCAAAUUAAAAUCUGAUGAAAAUCCUCCUGUUGAAGACAAGGCCCAGCGCACGGCUAGGAUGCCCAUGACCGGCUGUUCCUAUCAGGUUGAUGACCUUCUCAACCAGGCAGGAGCAGCGAUGAUGUCAGACGUGGUGCUGCACUCUCAUGUGUGCGAAUUCUGUCAAGCAGUUUUUCCUGGAGACUCGACCACAAGUGGGGAGUUCCUACGACAUCUCCACACUCACAUCACCUAGACCCAAGUCCCACUGUCUCUGACUUAAGCUGUGAUGGACGUAAACUGUCUUGGAAAGGUGUUGCUAAGCAACGGAUGUUCAGGAAUGAACGAUGUAAACAGACGGCCUUCCUCUUUUUUAGCAAGCAUACACUCAAAUAAACUUCAUCAUAUCACAUGAAUAUAAUGACAAAGUGACAUCAUCUUCAUUUACCCUUGAUUGUUUUAAUUCUAUUUUUUAUUAGUUACUGAUGACUUAAAGAAAAAUAAGUAAAGUCUGGUUUAGAUCUGGUUCACUAAUGAUUAAUACCCUCAAAGUCUUCUCUGAAUUCACAGUAUUUGCCCUGAUUUCUUGUUUCUGUAAAAUUUACUCUAACACUAUAAAACUUUAACACUCCAUCUAAA